AUGUCACCUAAACGACGUCUCCGGUCAUCCAGCCAAGAUGCACAGCUGCAUUCUGAGGUUGGAGCGAGCAAAUCACCCUCUCCAAACACUAAAGUGAUACUGAACUUGAAAAAACUUGGCAUUACAAACGUCAUCGACCAUCUCAAAACGACCAACCUCAACGAAGUGAAUGGAUUGCGCAAAACGCGCUCCAGUAUUAACCCAUCUGAGACGACGCCUCAUUUUCCCUGUGAGCCGAGCACUUCCACUAAACUGACUACUGAGGAGAAGGAUGCGGCAAGGGCUACACCAGGAAAGGGCCGAUGGCCUGGAUCUACACCCAAAACGACUCGAAAGUACCAAAAGAAGCAGACUCUAGGCUUGAAUACCGAUUCUGCACUUUCCACACUCUUGAAGGCCUCAAAAUCGGGUAGAAAGCGAACUCACGACCAUGACUCGGAAGAAGAACAACAGCCCAAGAGGAGACAAGGAAGACCCUCCAAAGCAGGAAGAAAGAGCAAACUAAUUGAGAUUGAAAUGAUGAAUGGUCAUGGCGAGACGGAAUCAGAGGAUUCUCAGCAGCAAAAUGAUGGAUGCAAAGUUCCUGGAUGCGACUCGAACGGUCACCUGUCUGGCGCAUUUCCAACUCAUGGCAGUCUGGACACCUGUCCAAUUUUUCAUAACCAAACUGCUGCAGAAUGCGUUGAGAGAUAUCGUAAACGCAUAAAGUCUAAGCUGAAGAAUACUAAAUCGCCUAGUAAAUCUCCAAACAAGUCUUUGAGUAAAUCGCCAAGCAAAACUCCCAUUAAAUCUCCAAUCAAGUCACCGAGUAAAAUUGUGCCACGCAACUUGGAGACUGAUCCAGAAUGGAAUGCACUCAUGGAAGAGAGGAAAGCAGAGCUACUGGACACCAGCCUCAAUGAAGCCAAUGAAGUCAUGUCUACAAUUACCACUAGUCGUCAACAUAAACUUGAUGGUUUUGCUCCGAGCCUCGAUCUCCAGCUCUUCCUAGAUGCUCAAUCUCGAACAGCAGAACAAUUUCAUCUAAACUCAGCGCUUGAACUUCAACCUGAAAACCGACCUACCUCGCCCACUCGUCACUCGGGCGUCGAGAGUAUCGUCUUUGGAAAGCAUCAGAUCGACGUUUGGUACACCUCGCCGUACUCUGAUGACUUUCAAAGCUGCCUGAAGCUGUACAUUUGCGAGUUUUGCCUCAAGUGCAUGAACUCCUCCCGAAUCUUUGAGCGACACUCUGCCAAGUGUACGCUUAGGCACCCGCCCGGCCAAGAGAUCUACCGAAAGGGCGACAUUUCCUACUUUGAAGUGGACGGCAACAAGCAGAAAGAGUACUGCCAAAACCUGUGUCUUCUCGCCAAACUCUUUCUCGACUACAAGACGCUGUUCUUUGACGUGGAGCCCUUUCUCUUCUACGUCAUGACCGUCGCCGAUAGUAAAGGCAUGCACCUGGUGGGCUACUUUUCCAAGGAGAAGUUCUCCGCAAUGAACAACAAUGUCUCCUGUAUUCUUACACUUCCCACAUAUCAACGCCACGGAUAUGGCCGAAUGUUGAUUGAAUUCAGUUACCUGCUGACCAGAGUCGAAGGAAAGGUCGGCUCACCGGAGAAGCCACUGUCCGACCUGGGGCUCAUCUCCUACCGAAGCUACUGGAAGCACGCAGUGAUGGAGUACCUGAGCGUCUACGAAGGAAAAGACAUUACUUUGAAAGACAUGAGUCAGCAGACGGGAAUCAACUCCACGGAUAUUGUCUCCACCUUGCAGCUGAUGGGCCUGCUCAAGUACUGGAAGGGCAACCAUCUCAUUCUGGUGCCUCCAGAGGCAAAGAACCAGUUUAUCGCCGAAGUGAAGAAGAAGCGAAAGCUGUACUCCGACAAGAUUAUCGAUCAAAAGUAUUUGCAGUGGUCGCCGCCGUUGACCUUGCCGAAGUAUCCCCCUGUAAAUCGAUAG